CCUUCGAAGCAUCACAAGUUCACAACUCACUAGAACUAGUCUGCACAGCUCUUUUGUCUACUCGACAGAAGACACUUGAUCCGGUGAGAAUUAACGUUCGCAUCCAAAUGGCCUCAGGGUUCAUCCUCGCCCUUUUGGCUUUGUCAGCUUCUAGUGCUCUUGCCUCCGACCCAGGCCAGCUCCAGGAUUUCUGCGUCGCUGACAGGACAUCCCAAGUUUUCGUCAAUGGAUUUGCAUGCAAAGACCCAAAGACUGCCUUGGUAGAAGAUUUCUUUUUCUCUGGCCUUCACAUGGCCGGGAACACGAGCAACAAGCAAGGUUCCGCAGUUACCGCAGUUAAUGUGGCGCAAAUUGCUGGGUUGAACACUUUGGGCAUCUCCCUGGCUCGUGUCGAUUAUGCACCCUAUGGUCAAAACCCACCACAUAUCCACCCCCGUGCAACCGAGAUCCUGACCGUGCUGGAAGGCUCGCUCUAUGUUGGUUUCAUCACCUCGAACCCUGAAAACAAGUUGUUCUCAAAAGUUCUUAACAAAGGGGAUGUGUUUGUGUUUCCACAAGGGAUGAUUCACUUUCAGCUCAACUACGGAACCAACAAGGCGAUAGCCAUUGCAGCGCUGAGCAGCAAAAAUCCUGGAGUGAUCACCAUAGCCAGUACAGUGUUUGGAUCGAAUCCAUCCAUCUCAGGUGAUAUACUUGCCAAAGCCUUCCAGGUGGACAAGAAGAUGGUCGACCAUAUUCACGCUCAGUUCUAGGAAUACGCCACAUGAUUUGUUUAUUUGAUUCAUUAAUUUUUUAUUUGAUUGAAGAUUGUAAUACAUGUUUCUUUUCAAUGUAAUACCAUUUUAUGGUUACGCUAAUUCGGCUU